AUGUUUGUGAAAGGGUUUCUAUUGUUAUUUGGUUGUUGGUUGGUUGUUUAUAUCAACGCCAAGGCUUUAAAAAAUUCACCAGGAUUAUCAGCUACUGACAAUACGGUGGAAUUAAAAGAAGAACUUGAUUCGAUAUCAACUUUGAAGACAACUUUCGUUGAACAGCAACCACCAGUUUUGACAACAGCUUCUGGUUUUUCUACAGAUACUCUGCAGAUUUCAUUAGACAAUCCUACUAUUGAAGACCGUGAUACUUUGAAAGUAAAACCCUGUGCAAUAGGCUACCAUCGGGAAAGUCGUUUUUGUGUAUUCAAUAAUACUGAAUUUGAAUAUGACUAA